UUACCAUAUGCACACCGGGUGAUAUCUUGAAGAUUCCGGCAGGUUUAAAGGUGUGCACGGAUGUGGCGAGGUGCCGUUGUAUGAAUAUUCUACCGAAUUCGUCCGCUUAACAGUUUCACAUAGCGCAGCCAGAGUCUUACUAUGCCGUUUGUUAUAAAGGUCAGCCAGUGUGUCUGAGACCGCUAUGUGCGUCUUCUGCAGCAUUUUCUUUUCUAGUCUUUAUCCACUAUCCUGUUAUUGUUGGAGCUGGUUUUAAUUAAGAAAGCUCCUAUCUGUCAUCUUCUUUUGUCCGAACUGUGAAACUUAUAGCUUCGACUGCAAGUCUCUAUUAGACAGUAACAGGUGAAAAGGUCACCACGGGAUGUCGUAUCCUGAGCGGUUUCUUUUGAUCUUAUUGCCGGCGAUGUGGGGCAUGUUGAUAGGUCGGUACGCUGGGGCCAUGUAUCUGUCGCCCGCAGCGGGUGCCGGCAUCCUUCCCUUUAACGUGGACGGGGAAUACGCGGAUGAGGCCUUCCUGCAGAAAAGGGACGGGAGCAGUGAGUUCCUGCCGUCCGAUGUACUGCAUUUACCGAUGCAAGAGGGUUGGCCGGUUGAUCUUUCCGGGGAUGAUCGGGAUGAAGAAAAUGGAGAUUAUGUCAUUUCGUCGACACGCCGCAAGCGCUUCUUCUCCAUAUUGUCGCCUAAGGAGCGCCUUCGUGCUCUGUACUUCCGCACGAAGCCACGGCCCAGUGCAGAGCGGCAGCGCGAGGUCAACCGCGUGUUGGCCUUAGUGCCGCACAUGAGUCCACGGCUGCCCAGCAGCGCCUUCGGGCGACUGUCUCAGUUAACCCCGGUGAACUUGCAGUCCCAGAGCGGGCAGGCGGCAUCCGGUCUGAAGGAAUCCCUUAGCAAAAUCUUGCAGAUGCAGGCCGCCUCCGCUCGUCACGGCCCGCAUAAGUCGACCAUCAAGACGAAGUUUUUGGCGACACCUGCCGCACCGGAACCGGAUGCCCUCCUUAGCCUGAAUGAUGACCCCGUGAUCUGAGCUUGUUCAUACGCGCUUACCAGAUUAUUUAUUUAGUUUUUCUUGUUAGAUGUAUAUAAUGUAUUAUAAGUCAGGAAAGUUCUUCGAGUGUCUGUGUUUCCCUGUAUG